AUGAAUCCAUCACAAUUGACUCUACUUGAAGAGUUAAGUGAUCUAAGCGAUAUAGAGGAUCCAACUUAUAGGCCAGACGUUGAUAAACUUCUGUUUAAUUUGGAUCAGCACAUUCAUGACGAUGACAUGAUGUCAGAUAAUGUGUUACAGGAUGAUACUGCAGAUGCCGAAAGCAAUCAGAGUGCGGAGCCUAACAGAAUAAAUAAAGAGCGUUCUCGAAAGCGAAAAAAGGAUAUUAAUGAAUGGAAACAAAAUGUAAGAAAAAGGCGUAGACAAGCUGGGUUGGAUUAUAUUAAUACCAAAGGAGAACCUGUGGAAAUGAAAUCAGUGAAGGGACAGUGUGAUUGUCGUUUAAAAUGUAAACUUAAAAUAAGCAUUGAAGACCAGACAUCUAUACAUAAACAUUUUUGGCAACUAGAAGACCAAGAGAAAUCACAUUUUUACAGUAACUCUCGGCGGAUUUCCUAUUUUUUUGAAAAUAAGUACCAAAUAACAGGCACACCGAAAAGCAACGUACAUGGAAAACAUAUGAAAAGAGUAACCAGUGGGGAUCAAAUUAACAAAAUUAAAGAGCAUAUUAAUUCGUUUCCGAGAAUGGAAAGUCAUUACUGCCGAGCAAAUACAAGUAAAGAAUAUUUAGAACAAGAUUUAACCCUACAAAAAAUGUUUGACCUCUAUAAGGAAAAACACCCCGAUUCUGAGAUCAAAAUAAAUGUAUAUCGAAAUGUUUUUAAUACAUCUUUCAACAUUUCGUUCUUUAAACCUAAAAAAGAUAGAUGUGAUUUCUGCGAAGAAAUAAAAAAUUCUACUGAUGUGACAGAUAAAAGGCGUGAAGAAUUCCAGAACCAUGUGAAAGGAAAAGAAGAAAGCAAAAUGGAAAAGAACCGGGAUAGGGAAACAGUAGAAGAAAACACUGCGUUUAUAUCAUUUGAUUUGCAGAAUGUGUAUUCACUACCAAAAGCAAAUGUAUCAAAUUUUUUUUAUAAACGUAAAUUCAGUGUUUACAACUUAACGGGAUAUUGUUCAAAGAAUAAGAAGACAUACUGCGGAGUAUGGCAUGAAAUGAUAUCCGAAAGAACUGGAAAUCACAUUUGCAGUAGUCUUCUAAAAAUUUUGGAUCAAAUUGUGUCAGAUUUCCCUGAGUUAACAAAAUUGGUAAUUUGGUCGGAUUACUGUAUCCCCCAAAAUAGGAAUAGCAUCAUGACUUUUGGAUUACAGCAUUUCAUCAAGAAACAUCCUCAAAUACAGUUGAUCCAACAAAAAUUUUCAGAGCCCGGGCACAGCAAUGUACAGGAAGUAGAUGCUGUACAUAGCUUGCUUGAGAGAAAAAUGCGCUAUUCAGAAUUAUACAGUCCAGUGUCUUUGCUCAGAACCCUAGUGCAGAUUGCAAGUCAUUCAAAAAAAAUUAUUGUAUUGCAAAUGAAGCCGACAGAUUUUUUAAAUUUUCAGAUACUGGCAAAGAAAUUAGGAUACAGUAAAAUCCCAUACACAAAAGUUAAAUUUAUUGAAGUUGAUUCUAGUAUGUAUGUUAGCUAUAAAACUUCCUUUACGGGCAAUCUGAGCAAAGUAAGAGUGGAUGGAACUACUAGAAAUCAGCGGACCCAUCCCGAUAGAAGCAGUAAUAAUACUCUUGAAUACAUGGUUAAUGUAAAGCAGAUCACCCAACAGCCAUCACUGGAAGCGAAGAAGAAGGCCGACAUCAUCUCAAUGUUAAAGUAUAUGCCACAGGUGGAUAAACAAUUCUAUGAACUGUACAUUCGUUAA